AUGGCUUCUUCCAAUUCAUUCAGCUACAUGAACAACACGGCUCCCUUCUGGGACUUCCUCGCUAGCCUUGAGCAGCAGGGCAACCAUCACCCUUUCUUUGGUCAGAACCGUAACGAGGGGACCGAGCGUGGUGAGAACCGCGAAGGCCAGCAGCCUCCUCCCUUUGAUCCGUGGGGAUGGAGUCAGCAGUUCUUUGGCGGUGGACGUGGUAUGCCUCACCGUGGCCCUCCUCCGCCUGGUCCUCCCCCUCACCACGAUGAGCAGGCUCCUCACCGCGAGCAUGAUGGCGAGAAGGAUGGUGAGAAGAGCGACAACGACAACGACAACGACAGCGACAAAGACAACGGCGAGGGCCCUGCCGGCUCAGGCUCUGGCAGCGAAGGAAGACACUCUCAUGGACACGGGUGCCACGGCCGCUGUGGCAGUCGCCGAGGCCGUCACGGCCCUGGGGGACGAGGAGGAUUUGGUGCCCACCACGGCGGCCCUCGUGGGCACCAUGGCCCUCCUCACGACGGACCUGGUCACCGUGGUCCUCGUGGCUCGCACCACGGUCACCACGGCCCUCGUGGCCACCACGGUCCACCUCACCACGGCGGACCCGGUGUAGCAGGACACUGGGGCAGUAUGCCCUUUGUUGGACCAUGCGGAGGCUUAAACAGCUUCGGUACAGGACUCCACCCCUCUGCCGCUGCAACGCAAUUCUUCGAGGCCUUCAUGGCCCAGCACCCUUGGUCCCGAGCCGGUAACGACGAGGGCGUUGUUGCCAGCAAGGAGAACUCGGAUUUUAUCCCCGAAGCCGACCUGUUCGACACGCCGUCGUCGUACAUUGUCCACGUCUCGCUGCCGGGCGCGAAGAAGGAGGACGUGGGCGUCAACUGGGACGCGGAGAAGUCGGAGCUGUCUGUGGCUGGGGUCAUGUACCGGCCGGGCGACGAGGCGCUGUUGGAGACGCUCGCCGUGAAGGAGCGCAAGGUGGGGCCGUUUGAGAGAAAGAUGCGACUGGGUACCAGGGCGAACCCGGCGCGUGUUGAUGCGGAUGGCAUCACUGCGAAGCUGGAAGACGGGGUUCUGAGGGUGGAGGUGAGGAAGGAAGACGAGGGGUUUGUGGAGAUUAAAAAGGUGGAUAUCGAGUAG